AUGUGGACUGGCUCGAUGAUGCGGAAAUGGACUUGUUGGAUGGAACCCUUAUGCGCGGCUAAGGACGAGGACAAAUGCGUAUACUUCGAUGCGAAGUACACGCACAGCCGUCCGAGUAAGGAUGUGCCACAGCAAGUCGGGUCUGGAGAUUGUGGCGUGUUUGUCCUGAAGUACCUCGAGUGUCUGGCAGUCGGAUAUGCCGCAUUUCCGAAGACGUUGUGCCAGAAAAACAUCAGCAUGUUUAGGGAGCAGAUUGCGUCUGAUCUGUUUAGUGAGAUCAACUGCCGUGGACCGGUCGAGGACCCAGAUGAUUGGGCCAAUGUUGAUUUGUAUGACGAGAGAUUAUGA